AUGCAGUGCCCGUCGAAGCGAAUAAAAGUACUGAAGCUCUACUGCUGCCUAUUCCUGCUAGCUGCUAUUUUAGUGGCAAACGCCAAACCGGAGGCUCCACUUAACUCCUAUCUACCGCCGUCGCAUGGUCACAGCAAUGGCAACGGAUAUCACGACCACGGUGAUGAACACCAUCACGGUGGUGGAGACCACGGGGAUCACGAUCUAGUGCCACCGUCGUCUAGCUACGGUACACCGGACAGCAGCUACGGCCCUCCGCAUCAUCAGUCCGGUUUCCAUCCGGAUCAUCACGAACACCACGAGCACCAUGAAGAGCACACCGAUUCGUACGAGGAUGAACCAGCUAAAUAUGAGUUUACUUAUGAGGUUGAUGAUGAGGACGCGGACCUUUCUUUCGGUCACGAGGAAAUGAGAGAUGGAGACUACACUACUGGGAAGUACAAUGUCUUGCUGCCGGAUGGUAGGCGACAGAUCGUGGAGUACGAAGCCGACCACCGAGGGUAUCGGCCAAAAGUUAUCUACGAAGGGGGCGAUGAGCACCCGCACCACCACGACCAUCCACAUCUGCACAAACAUCACCAGGGGUACCCGCAUGAAGCUCCGCACAAUCCGUUGGGAUACCCGGAAAGCGGCCACCACCACCACGGGGAUGAGGAAAUCAAUCACGAAAAUGGGCACAGUCGGGCAGAUCAUGGCAUUCACGAUGAUGGUCAUCAUCAUCAUGGUCAUGAUGGCGGUGGUCACGAGCAUCAUGGCCAUCAUGGCAAUGGCUACUCGAACGGGAACGGUCAUCAUCAUCGACGACAUUCCAACGAUGGUGGCCACGGGCACCACGGGCAUGAGCAUGGCGGGGGAAAUGGACACAAUCAUGGACAUCAUCAUCAUCACGGUGGAAAUGGCAAUGGAAAUGGAAACGGAAACGGGAACGGUGGUCAUCACGGUGGAACCGGACACCGUCAUAAUGGCUAUCAUUAG